GUCAUCUGCCACGAAACAAGGAGGAGGAGAAAAAGAAGAAGAAGAGAAAGCAGCAGCAGCAGCAGCCACCCCGUGAUCCCGCCUCUCUCUGCUCCGCCGGAAACCAAAGAAAUAGUCAGUCAGGAGGGAGUGUAACAGCACUGUUCUUCACCACAGCAUACACAAAGCCGCCGCAGAGUAGCUGUGUGCUCUCAGAUAGCUGUGUGCGUGCAUGAAACAAACUCCAUAGGAAGAGUCCUUUGAGAUAAUCAGUAGGUGGGUGUCGGCUCUCGUGUGUCGCUGGUCGCCUCUCCCCGCGCUGGCUAUCGUUAGCCCAGUAAUCAGCUGCAGCUGUUGGCACGUUUAUCGCCAUUUUGCGCGUUCCGCGGUUCAGGACUUCCAGCAACCAGGUAACCACUACAUACAUGUUUUAAUACUGAGAAGCACAUACCAGCGUGGAUGCUUACAAAUGUGAACAUGUAAACCGCACGAACGGCUCUCAUUUUGAUGCAAACUUUGUACUUGGCAGCAUGGCAGAGGCAGACCGACCUGGAAAGCUCUUCAUCGGUGGACUGAACACCGAGACCACCGAAAAGGCCCUGGAGCAGUACUUCAGCAAAUACGGCAGGAUUGUUGAAGGUGUGGACGGAGCCACCAUUGGCCCCUUUUUUAUUUGUACUUAGCAUGGAUCAAACCAUUGAAUUAGAAAAUGUAUAUUGUCAGCAGACUUUGGUAAAGCUGCACAAUUUAGCACUUGUAAUUUGCUCCACGCCUGUGUCUCUGUGAAGGCAUCAAAUAAAGUUCCAUCUCAGGGGUUAGGGCUCACAAUUUUACUCCAAGAGUUAUUAAGUGUUAUUGUUUGUAACUGGCAAGUUUGAUGACUGUUUUAUAUUACAAGUUUAGUGGCGCAUUUCACCUUUACUCCAGUCCUACUCUUACUUAAAAUGCCUCUUUAAGAAGCCUUUGGGCCAUGUGGAGCACUGGGGUAAUACUGGAAGAAAAGCUUUCAGCAGCAUGGGGAAUGUGAAAAGACUAGCUAAUUAACUUUUAUCUGUCAUCAGUGUAAUUAGCCUGAAAGGUCAGUCACAUAGCACCUUCCUCUAAAGCUGUUUCCUUCUCGCAGUUCUUCUGAUGAAGGACCGUGAAACAAACAAAUCCAGAGGCUUUGCAUUUGUUACAUUUGAAACUCCGGCUGAUGCAAAAGAUGCAGCCCGUGAGAUGAAUGGAAAGGUAGGUGGUCUUUGUUAUUCAGCCACCUUUUUAAACUUUGAUCUUGUUGAUUUUUCUGACUUUUAAUUGCAACUCUUCCGCCACAGUCUCUUGAUGGUAAGCCGAUCAAAGUGGAGCAGGCCACAAAACCUCAGUUUGAGAGUUCAGGCAGGCGAGGACCUCCCCCCAUGCAUUCACGUAGUCGCGGUCCACCCAGAGGCCCCCGUGGUUCCAGAGGUGGUGGUCCUGGUGGCAUGAGAGGUCCACCAUCAAGAGGUAAUCUAUAACUGACUGAUUUGAUCAAUUGAGUUUGUAAUAAUUAACUUUUUUAAAUUUAUGUCUAGAAGUGACUUUUAUUUAUCUUAUUUUAUUAACAUUCGUGUUUCUUGUCUGUGAAGACUACUAUGAUAAUUCAGGGGAUGUGGAGCCCUUCUUUAAGGGAAUGUCCUCCAGAGGACCUCCAAUGAAGAGAGGACCCCCAGUUCGAAAUGGUGGUCCACCACCAAAGAGACCAGCCUCUUCAGGCCCCAUGAACAGACGUAAGUACUAGGAAUUUUAUGGGCGUUAACUGGGUUUCUGUGAGAAAAAAACAGAGGGGCAAUUACUAACUGUCUACAUGCAAAAUACCAACUUGUCCAAACCAGUGGAUUUAAUCUCAUUCAUUCUGUACUUACCCUCCAGCUCUUUUUUAAGUACCCAGACAGGCGACAUUCUCAGGGUUGUAACUUGAUUGAUGAGCCAGUUUGUCAAAAUUGUGUAUUCCAGCCCCCAUGUCAAGAGACAGGGAUCCCUAUGGUCCACCCCCACCUCGCAGAGACUCAAUGAUGUCCAGGAGGGAUGAUUAUCCAUCACCAAGAGACGACCAUUACAACUCAAAAGAUAGGUAGGUAAACACAUGGAGUCAAAACUCAGGGUUUUGUGAAGCUGUUUGCUAAAUUUUGAGUUUUGUUGAGUUUGGUAGAAAUAAUCUGAGAUGUUUGAAGUUAAGAAAGGAUGUAUCUUACAUAGAUGAAGGAGUCAUCAGAAAUUCUACAAAGUACUUUUUGAUAUCAAGUUUGUCAUGUACCACAUAAUAUUGAUGACAAGGCUGAUUAUAACUGUGCAAUAUUUUACAGCUACUCCAAUCGAGAAUACAAUUCCAGAGAUUCAAGAGACUAUGGACCUCCAUCCCGAGAUUAUUCAUACAGAGAUUACUCCAAUUCCAGCUCCCGGGAUGACUAUGGGUCCAUGUCAAGAGGAUACAGGUACCAGUUUGAGUUACUAAAAACGAUGAAAAUAUUUAAGGCCCUGUCUAGUCGUCAGCUAACAUGGUUUGUUUGUUUUUUGUUGUGUAGCGACCGAGAUGGUUAUGGAGGUGGCCGAGAACCAAGAUACAUGGACCGUCCCAGUGGUGGCUCCUACAGAGAUUCCUAUGAUGGUUACGGUAAGAGAUGACUCCACAUGCGCAAUGACAGCAGAUAACCACUGUAGCACAAAGAAGAGCUGCACAAAAUCCAACAAUCUCAGCAAUGAUCUCCGCAAUCUACCAUUCAUUCAACGGUCCCUCCCCAAAGGAAACAGCAACUCAGGCACUCUAAUGUUUUCCUCUCCAAUGGCCGCAUCCCUGUCCUGCACAACAAGUUGCAUAUUUUUCUGUAUUUGGGAAAUAUAAUCAUUGGCAUCUAAAGUAAUAUUCAGAAGCUCAGUUCACCCGCCACAGUAUUAAGUAUCACAACUUUCAGUCAAAGAAUAACUUGUUGCAAAGUAGACUACUGUUCAUGUGUGGCCCAGAGAGUUUGCAACCAUAAGGAGCCCCAAAAGUCUGUGGAAACAUCUGUUGACCACUCGCUGUGAGUUGCCAAUCAAACUCCCUCAAGGAGUAGCGUUCAUUAAGCAACUUCAAGACAACCCUGAAAACCUCGUCUUUACCUCCCUAACUCUUGGAGCUCAAAAAGGAAAAAUGGCUUCUCAAAUCAAUGGCAUGCUAAAAUGGGUAACACUGCCCAUUAGUUCCCUUUGCUUGGAUAUGUUACUGCUCACUUAAACCAAAUUUUAAGAAAAAGAUCAUUAACCUGAUUGGAUAUUUCAACUUUACCUCAGUCAAACUUUUCUGUCUUAGAAUCAAUUCUAUUGGCCAAAAUGAGCACCUGACAGAGCAAGAAAAUGUAUAAAUGGAACUUUGCCAAUUACCUGACCCAUUGACCCUGCAGGUAACUCUCGUGGCGCCCCGCCCUCAAGGGGCCCCCCACCAUCCUAUGGUGGGAGCAGUGGAAGCAGUCGUUAUGAUGACUAUGGCAGCAGUUCCCGGGAUGGCUAUGGCAGUCGUGAAAGUUACCCCAGCAGUCGGAGUGACCCAUACCCGCCUAGUCGUGGUGAGCGAAUGGGCAGGCAGGAGAGGGGCCCAGCUCCCCCUGUCGAGAGAGGCUACCCUCCUCGUGAUUCAUACAGCAGCUCAAGUCGUGGAGGGCCACGUGGUGGCCGCGGUGGCAAUCGACCCGAUAGAGGAAUGUCUCGCAGCAGAUACUGAACUGGACUUGAGAACUACCUAAAAGCAGAAGUUCACUCCGUGCAAAGUUAACAUAGUGUUUUUGGAAGAAGAUCUAACAAGACAAACUAGCCAUGUCUGAAUCUGUGGAUUAUAAAGCUUAGCUUUGAAUCUGUAUCUUCCCAAGUUUUUAUGUGUAAAGGUUUUUGUUUAUUGUUUUUUUAGUAUUUUUCUUGCUCAUAUAACAGUGCAGUUCAUAAGUGAGUGUUAGUUUUGUACAUUCAGUGCUGUUGGAAUCUGCAAUGCCCUCUGAGUCUGGCUUUCCUACUCUAAUAAAGCUUUUAGUUGAACCUUAACCACUGCUCAUCAAUUAUCAAAACAAACCUGAGAUCCUACAAUGAAUGUUGAGUAACAGCGUGAUAUUUCUAAAGCUUCCUGUAAAGCUCAUGUGAGUCUCUGCUCGUGCUUUAUAAAUAGACGAGUGACCUCACUUCGUGCAUAACAAAUGUGCAUCAUCUGGAAGCUGCUGUUUUCAAGGGUCAGGCAAAUGUUACCGUCAAAAUGUUCCAAUGUCGUUUCUUGGAAAAUGGAUCCAUCACCCUAGAGUCAAAUGAUGGCAUACAACGACAAAACCAAAGGCAACAACCAAAUGCAGCUCGACUGGUAGUCAACAGCUGGUAAGCAAAGCAAACCUCUUUGUUUCUCAUCUGUAAAUGGGUUUCUCAUUUCCUGUAUAGCAGUAUCCCCUCAACAAGGCAACAUUCAAGACAACAUUGCCUCAGAGGACAAAAACUGGAUGUCGACUCGAUGUCAAUGUGAUUUGCAGCUCGUGUAAUCUUAAUUUUUGUUAAAGUGCACCAGUCCCCAAGAAGUUCGUCAGUUUUCAACAAUGAAACUUAAACAGCCAUGUUUCUUAUCAGCCUUGAAAAUGACCCUUUGCCUAAGUUGUCGCCCAAAGUGAUUGGAACAAGCAAACUACAGCACACAAAGGUUUUUGACUGUUAUCUUAGCAUUGUCUUUAGUAAAUACUCAGAUGUUGUAAGUUACACACCCUUUUAAGCAUCAAAAGAUUUCCUACGAGCAUGCCAAUUCAAACAAUGGAGAACACUGGAGGAACAACAUCAUCGUUGCGCCAAACUGGAAACGCAAUGAAGCAAAUUUGCUGCCGAACCAAGGACCACUAAUAUAUUUUGGAUGUUGAAUGAAUACACUUAUAAAAGAAAGGCAACACGUUAAUGUAAUUCUAUUAUUGCAGGAUAACCAACCCAUCAAGGCAACUGCCCUUGGAGCAUUCUUGAAUUGUGUCCUGAAGUUGGUGGACCAACAAAACUGCAGCAAACCAGUGCGGGUAUGUUGAUUUAUCUAUUUAUUCUGUACAUAGGGCUGGGCAAUAAAACGAUAACGAUAUAUAUUGAGAAUUAAUUUCCCUCAAUAUCAAUAUAAAACAUGGUCAAUAUACUUUUCGAUAGUCUGCAUUCUGCCAUGUUUUGGUUGACUAUGAAUAGCCAAUGAAAAGUGGAGUUGCUCUGGGUGGGAGAUGAGGGUAGCAGGCAGCAGCUAAACACAACAAUAGCACUUUAACACGUGAAGCCGACAGCACUGUUGGUGAGAAAAAAAGAAAAUGAGUGCUACCCCCUGCAGAAGGCUCAAAAGAUGACAACAUCGUCGACAGCAUUGGCAUGAAAAUGUCGGUGGUGUGGAGGUAUUUUGGAUUUUUGAGGGUGGACAUGUAGCAGAGUAAUGUGCACUGCAAUUCAUGCCAAGUACAUGUUCUUGCAAAGUCGGGGAAUACCUCAAAUCUUUUUCACCACCUGAAGCAUACGGAAAUAAUAUAUUGUGAUAAACUUUUUUUCCAUAUCGCCCAGCCCUAUCUGUACAUAUUGAAAACCGUACUUAAAGCAUGGUUAGUUUUUUGUUAAAAUGAAAACAACAGACUUUUCAUUUACUUGAUGCUGUAGAUACAGUUUGUACUAGAACAUUGUUAUUGCUGUCUUUCAGGUUUCAGCGCAGCGGUCUGUUGAAAGCAACAAAGGCAUCUCGUCUGUCGGUGGAAAUGUGUGACAGAAGCAGAGGGAACGAAGGCAGGAGACGCGCUCAAGUUUGGAGUCUAUGUUGAUGUUCAAUAAAAACUUUGAAAACACUG